ACUACAGUAACAGCAAUAUACGACCAAAGAUGGCGCCCCACGUUUGUCUCUUGUGAGGAAAUGUUGUUAGAGAAAAUACUAUUUCACGGAUCUAGGCAGUUUUGCGAUAGUUUAUUGUGAAAGCAAGAUAUUACAUUUAUAUUUUCGCUAUUUACGUGUGAUAAUUGUAUUGUGCAAGCCGCAAUGGCGAUGCAAGGUGGGACUGCACUUCAGGAGAAGGUCAGUCGGAUGUUGAGCAGAAAGCAUAAAAAGCCCGUUCUGAAACCCAACAAGCCGCUUGUUCUGAAAGAUGAGGUCGCCAACAGGAAAAUAAAGAAAGGGGAGGCCACAUGCGUCACAGAGAUGUCCAUGAUGAUGGCGUGCUGGAAGCAGAACAACUUCGUCGACACCCUCUGCUCCAAUGAAAUGCAGUCCUUCUAUAAGUGUGUUGAGAAAGCCCAGAUUGCAGUGAAAAACAAAUCGGAGCAACACACCAUCGGCCAGAGUGGACGCCUUCAACCCAAACAAGCUACUAUCCUGCUGAAAAGAUACCCCAACUUACACGUAGAAAUCUAGGACUACUCCCAGCCCUACUACUACGAUGUAUUAAUUGUGGGCCAGAGAAUCUUAACCACCCUGCCCACUGUCCUCUGUUAUCAUGCUUGGCCUUUGUGGCCAACUGAGGUCUCUGCUAGUUCUUACGGUAAAGAGGAAGUCUCUUAGAUCACAGAAACAUCACCAACGUUCCACGAAUGCUAGACGUGAUUCAUCAACAAAGUGAAUUAAGUGGAUUUAUUGUGCUGCAGAUGCACUUCUUGUGAUUGCCAUAUUAAAUUGAGUAUGCUGUUAUAGGUCAUCAAAUAAAACAGUACCAUUAAAAUGGCUUCAGUCACAAAAGAAGAUUCCUACGAAUAUGUAACUUCACUCAUUGUCUAGUAUUUUGAAGAGCAUUUUCAUUACGCAUUCAGUUAUUGCUAUAUUAUUGCAUGGCUUUUUAAGAUGCCCUAUUAAUUUACAUUUCUCAAAUAACGAUCAAGGACAUUUGUUUUCAUAACUUGACAUGAUAUCGUGUGUGUGCCCUGGAUGAAAUAUAGUGUGACUGACUGUUAUCUCAGUGUCCUGAGUUGACUCCCAUAAAAUGUAUUUCCCUUUAAAAAUGAUCUAAAUAAAUCCAUACUGUACAGACAGUGGUUGCUAACGAUAUUAA